GUCUUACCACACGUAACGAAGUAAGGCCCACAUGCAUAUCACUAAUAAUGUUGUACUGCAACACAAGAAACUAGUAAACAACCAGCAGUAAUGAGAAAUACAACACCAGGUUGCGCCACUAGUACUAAGCUGAAUAGUAUGGCGGCGCCCAUGUAGAAGUGAACUCAAGUGAGACAGUGGCUGAUAAGAAAAAGUGAGAAGUGGCAAUGGGUACCAACCUGAUGAGCAUAUUGAGAGGCAUGCAGCGAUUAACGCUGCACAGAUCUCCAUUAUGUGCAGCACACACAACAGUAUUGCCGACUACAUUUGCAAGAGAGUCUACCACAGGAAACUCCACCAGAGUCUACCAGAGCAGUAAACAGCAGAAGACUUCAGAAGAAGAUCCAUUUGGCCAAGGAGCACAUCCACGCAAGCCGUACAUCCGUCGCUAUGGUUACGAGUACACAAUUUACCGUGGAGGUCCACUGCCACGAUUAGAAGAUGGACUUCCUUUACCUAUUCCGACGUACGAGCCAAAAAAUUCAUGGAAUACCAAAAGAGCAUUGUUUGGACAGAAUGAUUAUAUUGAUAUUUUAGGAGAAGGUUCUUUAAAGCCUAGGGAUCUCAUCAUAAAAGGACCACUAUGGGUCAGAGGUGUACCUAAGCACUGGAAUGAGUAUCAGCGAUUAAUAAGAAAACGAAAAUUCCUCAAUUCGUUUAUAAAGAAGUUUACUCCAACACAAUUCAAGGGCAUGAACAAGCAGAUAAAGUAUCUGUAUAAACGCCUGAACCGCAAGUUGAACCCGUAGCAUAGCGCAGAGCUGUUGUUGCUCACGUGUCACCAUAGUUGAGCUGCCGUAUGACUGUCUAUCGCGUCAUAGAGAAAAAAAAACUGGAAAAAACUGUAGGGUUUCUUAAAGAGUUUACAUGGAGUGACCCGUCAAGCUCGGUGCAAGAGAUGUCUCAUGCUCACUUAUAUAUUUAGCAAGCAAUAUUUGCAAUUUGCAACAAUUAAUUAGGUUAUAAGUUGCAACAGUAAGUGACCGCUGGCAUAGUACAGCUGUCUGUACUGUGACGUAGGAGCAAGAUGUAUUCGUUAAUCGUAAUGUCUUUGUUCUUCACCUAUACAUAACUGUGUACGUGUGGUGAAUAGUUGUUGCCAAAUAAAUAUAAACUAUCGUA